AUGGAUGAUGAAAAGCCCAACUGCUCCAACACUUUCCCGGAAGGAUCCAAAAAGACAGGUGGUUUCUCCCAGGCAGACUUUGAGGAAAUUAACAGUACCUCAGACUGGAGUUCACUGGAAGAAGAAGAGAGGCGACAGUGGAUUGAGACUGAAAGGGAAAAUGAUGAUACGGAAAGCAGCCUUUCUGGAACCCAUUGUACAGACUGGAAGGAUGAGGAGCUCUCAUACGAUGCUGAUUGUUCAGAAAGUGAGGAUGAGGGGAAAGUAUGUAAGUUAAAAUAUAAAGGAACAGAGCAUGGAAAGUUGACUGGAACCUUCCAAAAUCAAGAUGUACCAAAAAGGGAAGAUGGAAACAACACUAAGAAGAAAAGGGAUAAAUCCACUGUUUGUCUGGAUAAAAUCUUCUCUCAGCAAAAACAAGGAAAACCAAAUGGAGAGAAUGAGAGCCAUGACGCUAACUUUACCAUGCAAAGGGAUGAAAAACCACAUAAAGCUUCAGAAUGUGGGAAGAGCUAUAUUUACAAAAGGAGCCUCAAAGAGCAUAAGCAAUCUCAUCUAAAGGAGAGAUCAUAUAAAUGUGCAGAAUGUGGAAAGUAA